AUGUCGCUUGCAUUGCGAGGCAUGUGCCUCGCUUUGGCAUUAGCCUUCGUUGUUUCAAGCCGGAGAUGCUGUGCUUAUCAUCUUCCUGCAUGUGAUGAUGAGAUAGAAAUUCCUUAUAAAAUUGAGAUUCCUUCACCAAAACCACGAUUUGUACCAGUGUACAGACCGUCUCCUCAACCACCGCCCGAAAGUUAUAGUGGCCCAUCAUUCGAAGAUGAUUGUGAAGAUCAGUUAGGUAGUAUCACAGUAUAUUCGGCUCCAAGUCCUGUCUAUGGACCACCACCUAAUCCGAUCUAUGUGAAUCCACCCCCGGUAUAUACACCACCAUCACCUCCAAUACAGUCAACUCAAUUGUGUGUAUUGCCACCUGCGCCGCCACCGUCACCGCCACCACCACCUCCUCCAGUGUAUAUCACUCCACCGCCACCACCACCUCCUCCAGUGUAUAUCACUCCACCGCCACCACCACCUCCUCCAGUGUAUAUCACUCCACCGCCACCACCACCUCCUCCAGUGUAUAUCACUCCACCGCCACCACCACCUCCUCCAGUGUAUAUCACUCCACCGCCACCACCACCUCCUCCAGUGUAUAUCACUCCACCGCCACCACCACCUCCUCCAGUGUAUAUCACUCCACCGCCACCACCACCUCCUCCAGUGUAUCACCUGUACCUCGACCACCACCAGUGA